CUUCAGCAGGUUUACCCCUGACGUCGCUGGAUCAAGUGCAGGUUGCAACGGAAGACAAGAAUGUACCAUUGGAAGUUGCAGAAACAUACGCGACGAUGUGACAUUCAAGAUGAGAACACUUGCGUAUUACGCAUUGGAGGCUGUUGCUAACCUCAACAACUUCAUGAUGUUUCUUAUUCAACAAUCAACAAACUCGGCUACCAGCAUUGCGGCAAUGGAGGACUUCCUUACUAAGAACUUCGCCUUUCCCGAUGAAUCAUAUGAACAAUCCAAGGUCAUGAAAUCUAAGGAGAAGCACGAUAAGAUCGUGCAUAGCAUCAUCCUAAUAGUCACGGCUUUACUAAGUAUCGCUAUUAGAAUGGUAACAGCAAGCCCAGGGUCAAGUGCGGUAGUAUACGUAGCUGUAUCUAAAGCAAUUAUCGACGCUGGACUCGCCACAUGCCGGGGCAAAAGGCCUUGCUACGACUUUCAAGGAAAAUUCAAUCUCACUUGCUAUGAUGGCUACUGGAGUUCCGUUAUGCGGGAGUUUGAAUUGGCGGCAACAAAUACCACAAUCGCGUGGCUAGAGGGCCGCAACGAUGCAAGUGGCACGAACAUUCUAAACGUAAUUGAAGCCACUGCGAUGUUUAAGCCACCUACUGGACAGCAAAUCCUAAACAUACAACAAUACACCCAAUCCUUAUGGGUUGAUGCUGCUAUUAACUUCUACUGGACCCAGGAACGUGUUUGGAUAGUCGCGGCGGAUACUUCUGACUGCCAAAAAGAAAAUAGGGGUCCAAUAUAUCUAAGAGUGUGCCUUGAUGAAUACCCGGACUUAGUUUUCUUCGUGUACGGUGCCGAUCGAGCUGAUAGGCUACCAACCUACGAGAAAAGAGGCUUAAGUAAAAAAGCCUGGCUUCACUCAGCUCCUGGGUUCUUACUCUUGGAUGAGGGUAUAGGGAAAGGAACAUAUGCAGGUAUCAAGACGAUGCAAGAGGAUGUUGAAACAAUGGCACGAAAGACACACCGGAAAAUGCACUGGAGAGGCUUGAAAUCGGAUGAUCAUUACAGAAGGACGAUGUUUGCAAGAGUCAUUGGCUUGACCGGCCGGCCAGAUAUAUUCACCCUUGCUGUCUGCCGGAGUCCGAAUGGCGAAGCCAUUUCCUCCAUCAGCACCCACAAAGCGCGCAACUACCCAUGCAUGUGCGGCGAAUUCUCAUGGGACAAAUACGAUUCGGACAAGGACCAGUCACUGCCGUUCCUUAUACAAUCAGGCCUCGGCGCGUCCGACGACUUUUAUACCUUCUGUGACGAAGACUUGAAAUGCUUUCGCGACGGUGGUAGCUCUUGGCCUUCGAAACCACCCGAAUACGUAAAGGGUGAAAUGUGGAACCCAUUUCAAAGAAUUCCGAUUACAUACUGCGAGAAAAAGGGCAACCGCCACACUACCUACGGCUUUUUGCUCGCAGCAUAUGAUAAAAUUAGCACAUUUGGGUGGAAGAACAACUUUCCGGAAAGAGCAAGACUGUUCCGAUUUUCUCUUCACAAUUUAUGGUGGGGAACAAGCCAUGAAGGUUACCAAGAACCUCCUGAUGAUAUUUAUGGAUUUAUGGCAGAUCCCGAUUAUGUAAAUGAUGGUGUUCGGCUGCACCCAGUGUUUGAUAAGGGCCUAGAAGCAAUCGAACGAGAAUCCGCCGGCCGACCAGCGAACGAAACACACCUCAUCGUUGCGUUAGAAGAGUAAUAUUUGGUUUUCUAAAGUCCAGUCAUGCUUCCUAGUCACUCCUUUCAAGAAAAAUGUUUGUCAGGUAUUUUUUAUCUUUAAAUGAUAGCUUCACGCUGGAAUCUAUUCCUUAA